AUGGGCAUCUCUUGAGACAACUGGCACAAGCGCCAAACCGGGGGUAAGAGAAAGCCCUACCACAAGAAGCAGAAGUAUGAGCUGGGAUGGCCUGCUGCCAACAUGAAGAUUGGCCCUCGUCGUAUACACACAGUCCGAGUCCGAGGAGGCAACAAGAAGUACCGUGCCCUAAGAUUGGAAGUGGGGAACUUUUCCUGGGGCUCUGAGUGUUGUACUCGGAAAACAAGGAUCAUUGAUGUUGUCUACAAUGCAUCCAAAAACGAGCUGCUCCGCACCAAGACCCUGGUGAAGAACUGCAUCAUCCUUAUUGACAGCACACCAUACCGACAGUGGUAUGAGUCUCACUAUGCGCUGCCCCUGGGCCGCAAGAAGGGGGCCAAGCUGACUCCUGAAGAGGAAGAAAUAUUAAACAAAAAACGAUCAAAGAAAAACCAAAAGAAAUAUGAUGAAAGGAAAAAGAACGCUAAAAUCAGCAGUCUUCUGGAGGAGCAGUUCCAGCAGGGCAAGCUUCUUGCCUGUAUCGCCUCAAGACCAGGCCAGUGUGGCCGAGCAGACGGCUGUGUGCUAGAAGGCGAGGAGCUGGAGUUCUAUCUGAGGAAGAUCAAAGCCCGGAAAGGCAAAUAAAUAAAGCAUCAUUCAUAGCUCAUGUAAUAAAGGUGUGUAUUGUUCUAUUUAAAAAAAGAAAAUAAAAUGAAAUUCACUAUACCUUCUCAGCACUCCUUGGUACCUUCUCUAAAAUUGACCACACUUUAACGGCUGAGCUAUCCCAUUUGUCAAGCCAGGUGGGUGGAGAGAGAAAGAAAAGGCUAGAGAAGAGAGUUGGGGUCCACCUCAAGAAUCAAGACCAUCAGAAGAACGUGAAUGGGAAAGAGACAAAGAGAAGGAUAGACACAGUCAAGAUCGAGAGGAGAACAAGGACCCUGACCGAGAAAGGGACAGAGACAGAGAUGGGGACCGAGAGGAUCGCUUCAGAAGACCCAGGGAUGAAGGUGGCUGGAGAAGAGGACCAGCAGAAGAAUCUUCAAGCUGGAGAGAUUCAAGUCGCCAUGAUGAUAGAGACAGGGAUGACCGUCGUCGGGAAAGAGAUGAUCGUUGUGAUCUGAGAGACCUGAGAGAAAGAAGGGAUUUAAGAGAUGAUAGAGACUGGAGAGGACCUCCUCUCAGAUCAGAGCGAGAAGAAGCAAGCUCUUGUAGACGGGCUGAUGACAGGAAAGAUGACCGGACUGAAGAAUGGGAUCUACCUCGUCGUGUUCCUCCCUCAACUCUUUCAAGAGAUCGAGAAAGAGAGAGAACGAGAAGGUGAGAAAGAGAAAGCAUUCUGGAGAGCUGAGAAAGAUAGGGAGUCCCUUCGUGGUACUAAGAAUGAAACUGAUGAAGAUGGCUGGACCACAGUACGACGUUAAGUCCCAAGAUGAUGGAGUCAAACUUAUCUCUUGCAUAGGUUUGAUCACAUUCAAGGAUUAUUAUACUUGUGCUUCACCCAGUCUAAAUUGAAUUCUUUAAUGUUGUCUCACCAUAACACAAAAAAGAUGAACUUGUAUCAAUCAUAUAUAAUAGAUUGAUUAUGCACUGUAUUCACAGGAGGUUGAAAAACCAUGCCAUUUUCUGGAAUUUAAGGUGUUGCAUUAUUUCAUCAAUCAUUUGUUUAAAAAAAAACUAAAAAAUAAAAAUGAACCCUUCAGGUGUUAACAC